CUGCUCGCCUCGGGUUACUUCGGGUUAGUUCGGGUCUCCAGUUUCAGCUCCAAAAAAACACGUGAAUAAAGAAGUCCUUCCCCAGAAUGAUGUCUUUGGUCAUGCAAGGCCGAACGGGAGCCCGAAGAGUUGUGAUGGGGACUCGGAGAAGACUUAUGAAGGACAGCAGGUGCUUCUUUACCUGUUUGCCAGAUUGUCAGUUUAUCUCCAAGACCAAAAAGAUCAGAUCCCCCUCUGCAAACCACUACAGAUGCUUCGCCGCCUCAGCUUCUCGUCGGAACUCUUCAUCAUCACCCGCGGCCAAUCAGAAAACACCGUCCUACAGCUAUGUCAUCGUCGGGGCUGGGUCAGCGGGGUGCGUCCUUUCCAACCGCCUCACUGAGGAUGCCCAUGAGUCUGUGCUGCUGCUGGAGGCCGGGCCUAAGGACAUGUGGCUGGGCAGCUCACGGCUGUCAUGGAAGAUCCACAUGCCGGCUGCGUUGACCUACAACCUCUGUGAUGACAAGUAUAACUGGUACUACCACACUUUGCCUCAGGCCCACAUGGAUAACCGGGUGAUGUACUGGCCGAGGGGUCGUGUCUGGGGAGGGUCCUCUUCACUCAACGCCAUGGUCUACAUCCGAGGCCACGCCGAAGACUACAACCGCUGGCAGAGAGAAGGUGCUGAGGGCUGGGAUUACGACCACUGUCUGCCUUACUUCAGGAAAGCUCAGUGUCACGAGCUGGGAGAAAAUAGGUACAGGGGUGGCAGCGGACCUCUUCAUGUCUCCAGAGGAAAGACCAACCAUUCUCUUCACAAAGCUUUCAUUGAGGCGGGACAACAGGCAGGAUAUCCCUUCACUGACGACAUGAAUGGAUACCAACAGGAAGGCCUGGGCUGGAUGGACAUGACCAUUUAUAAAGGAAAGAGGUGGAGCACCGCCAGCGCCUACCUGAGACCUGCUCUGGGUCGACCUAAUCUGAAGACGGAGGUCCGCUGUUUGACCACCAAAAUCCUGUUUGAUGGCAACCGUGCUGUUGGGGUGGAAUACACACAGAAUGGACAGCAGAAAAGGGUGUUUGCAGAAAAAGAAGUGAUACUGAGUGGAGGAGCCAUUAAUUCCCCUCAGCUUCUCAUGCUGUCUGGGGUUGGAAACGCAGACGACCUGAAACAACUUGGCAUCCCUGUGAUUCAGCAUUUACCAGGUGUUGGCAGUAACCUGCAGGAUCAUUUGGAGCUGUAUGUCCAGCAGCAGUGUACUCAGCCCAUCACCCUGUACAAAUCCCAGAAACUCUUUCACAUGGUCAAGAUAGGCCUUGAGUGGCUCACCUUGUUCACAGGUUAUGGAGCAACCGCCCACUUGGAAAGCGGAGGGUUUAUCCGCAGUCGGCCCGGUGUCACACACCCUGACAUCCAGUUUCACUUCCUGCCCUCACAAGUCAUCGACCACGGGCGAGUUGCUUCAAAGAUAGAGGCUUAUCAGGUUCAUGUUGGACCAAUGAGAAGCACCAGUAUUGGCUGGAUGAAGCUGAAGAGCACCAACCCUCUGGAUCACCCCAUUCUCCAACCAAACUAUCUUUCCACUGAUAUCGAUGUGUGGGAGUUCAGAGAGAGUGUCAAACUCUCCAGAGAGAUUUUCGCCCAGAAGGCCUUCGACCCGUUUCGCGGUCCAGAAGUCCAGCCCGGUCCUCAGGUCCAAUCUGAUGCUGACAUCGAUGCUUUUGUCCGCCGAAAGGCCGACAGCGCCUACCACCCGUCCUGCACCUGCAAGAUGGGCUCGCCCUCCGACCCGACGGCGGUCGUCGACCCAAACACCCGCGUUCUGGGUCUGGAGCGGCUGCGUGUGGUCGACGCCUCCAUCAUGCCCAGUGUCGUCAGUGGAAACCUGAACGCUCCGACCAUCAUGAUGGCAGAGAAGGCUGCUGAUAUUAUCAGAGGUCGCCCUGCUCUCGUUGACUCAGGCGUUCCUGUGUACCAGCCUCCGACACUCAACACGCAGAGAUGAACAGACACAAGG